AUGUCCACACGACGAGCUGCAGCUGCCGAGGCUUCCAAGGCCCAGGACCCCGACGAUGCCAAUCGAGACGUGGAGAUGCGCGAUGGCGCCGACCCCGCGUCUGAUGUAGAUUCUGGGGGAGACAGCAAUGACGAAGGUGACGAAGAGGAGGACGAGGAUCCCAGUCGCGGUCUCCUGCGAAUGAUUCAAGAUGUGUCCACAUACCUGUGCAGCUUUGAAGAAGAUGGCGAAGAGCUUGCAGCCGGUUUUCAACGCAUCCCCAAUCGUCGCGUGCUUCCCGACUACUUCGAAGUGAUAUCGGAGCCAAUUGCCUUCAGCACAAUCCGGAGCAAAAUCCUACGAAAACAGUACACGUCCUUUCCUGAAUUUGUCAGAGAUGUUGCUCAAAUUUGCCACAAUGCGCAAGUUUACAAUCGACCCUCUGCUCCCAUCUUUGGCGCCGCCGUUCGCCUGAGAGAUCUCUUCAAACAGAGACUCAGUGAGCUUGUUGCCAAGGGCAAGGUUACGGCUGAGGAGGCAGAACUGCCGGAUCUGGGAGAGCUGCCACCCGUGGAGGAUUCGCCCCCGCCCACAGGCGAAACCGACGAUGAGGAAGACGAGGACGACGAGGAUGAGGAAGAGGAUGAAGAGGAUGAUGACGACGAUGACGAUGACGACGAUCAUUAUGGUGGACGGCGUCGACGGGGUGGUAGGGGCCGCCCAUUUUCAAGUCGCCAAGACCUCGACGACGACGCACACAAGGCGCGUGGACGUCCACCCUCGGUUCUGACCCCUACUGAAGCCCGGAUUACUUCAAUUCUGCGCGGCUUGAGGAAAUCGAAGGAUGAAGAUGGUUCUCUACUUAUCUUGCCUUUCGAAAAGCUUCCUGACAGGGCUGCACUUCCGGACUAUUAUCAAACAAUCCUAAAUCCAAUUGCUAUGGAUCACAUCAAGAAGAAGGCGAAACGGAAGAAGUAUCAGCAUGUUGACCACGCCAUGGCUGAUAUCGAGCGCAUGUUUGAGAACGCCAAGCUGUACAAUGAAGACGACAGCCCACUUUUCAAGGCAGCUGUCGAGUUGCAGCUACAAGCACGUGUCCUCGCUAUGCAGGAGAAAGCUAGGCCAGAUGAUGACUUCAGAGAUGAAGAUGGGAAACUUCCUCUUUCUGAGAUAGUAUACAACGGCGAACAGUGGAGAGUCGGUGACUGGGUCCAUAUUCGAAACGCCAACGAUCUCGGCAAGCCUAUCGUUGGGCAGAUCUAUAGAACUUGGCAGGAUCGCGAGGGCCAGCGAUGGAUCAAUGCAUGCUGGUACUAUCGACCAGAACAAACCGUGCACCGAGUGGACAAGUUCUUCUUCGAGCAUGAAGUGGUCAAAACCGGUCAAUAUCGAGACCACCGGAUCGAGGAUGUCCUCGACCGAUGCUUUGUCAUGUUCAUCACCCGCUUUGGGCGCGGGCGUCCACGGGGAUUCCCUCAUGAUAAGGCGAUAUAUGUGUGUGAGUCGCGAUACAACGAGGAGAGGUUUUCCUUCAACAAGAUCAAAACCUGGGCGAGUUGCGUGCCAGAUGAAGUCCGAGAGAAAGAUUACGAAAUGGAUCUGUUCGAUGUGCCAUAUCGAAUGCGCAAACUACCGAGUCCAAUCAAACACCUAUUGCGGGAAGACGCAAAGGAAACCGAUGACCUGCCGAAGCCAACGUGGGGAAGCCCCAACGCACCACCGAUCGUCGGGGCCGUCCACCGCCGACCACGAGAACCCAAUGAUUCGCCGCCACCUGAGCCUAUUCCCUCCGUCGUGCCUGCACCUCUCGUAACAGAGAAUCCUAUUGACGCUGCCAGGCGGCAAUCUGCCACGUUUUCUGCAGUACCCUUCCCUGGCGAUUUCCAACAAUUCCGUGGUCAUCAUCAAGCGUUCGCUCAUACAGUUCCAUCACCAUCACCACAUCACCAGUUUCCAGUACAUAUGACGUCUCAAUUCCGGCCUGCCACGCCGGCUGGGGCAGGCAUGGCUCACAUCCAGCAAACGCCCGUGCCUAUCCCCCAGCCGCCCCAUCACGCCGCGCCGUCUCCACCGGUAAACAUGAGACCCAUACACUACCAGCAACAACCACCGCCCACGUAUCCUCAGGCGGCACCCAAUUUCGUCCAGUCUCCUCACAUGAACCACCAAGUGAUGCAAAAUCAGAUGGUGACUCAGUACAAUCAAGGACCGCCGCCAGCAGUACAAAGACCUCCAAUGGCUCAAGCACCCAACAACGUUAUGCCCAACGCCAACAUGUACAACCCUCCACGACCACCGGAGGUCUACACUCUGCUGGAUCCUGUCAAUGAUGCGCUGCCUCUAGAGCUUCGAAAGCAGUUUUUGCACGAUGACAAUGGCCGCGUCCUGUUCUUCACCGCGCCGCCUCUUGACCGCCCCAACAAGGGACUGUCGCCCGAGAGUGCCAAGCUUGACCACAGUGCCAGGUAUCUCGCCGGCCGUAAAGAAUGGCUCGCUGAGCGCGAAAAGAAACGCAAGGAGCGUGAUGAGAAGGACACCGAGGCCAACAAGAGACUAUCUCUUGAAGAUGACAGCCGAUCUCCACCAGAAGAGUCUGUCUCCUCGCAGGCCACUAGCGCAAUAGAAAAGUGGUUCCAGGAUUUUGACAGGAACACCCAGGUCUGGGAGAAGACGACAGGGUUGGAUGGGUGGCGGCAGCCCAUCCAGGGGUAA